GCCAAGUCCUGCAGUUCGCGGGUGACGGCGGGUUUCGAAAGAAAUGCGUUGCUGGUAUCGCUAUUUGCACUCGUUCUGAUGUGCACCCGAAGUUCCGGUGUUAACAUACAGCGUCUCACAUGCGCCUGCCUGAGCUACUGCAUCUUAAUGUAGGUAUGGUAAAUACCUGUAGUCGGCAGAAGCAGGCUGUGUCAGCUGUGUCGGGCAUUUGCGCGGAUGGCGGACUUCAAUGACUAGAGGUUCACUCCAUGUUGCUGGAGUGUUCAUCCUUCUCCCUGUGAAGUGGACGGGUGGUGGGUGCUCGGCGGGCGUCGUCGCCUGGUUCUAUCCGGAUGGCGGAUGCUCUCGAAGUCGAAGACUUGCCGGCCUGACCAGCGCAAUUAAACACUCUGGCAGUAGCGCUGAGCGGUUGGCUGGGGUAGAAGUAAAACUAGAACACUGGGCGCGACAUUCCACCACAGUAGCCGUGGCCAGCGCGCGUUGAUGGCGAUAAGAAGAUCCUGGUGGCCAUGAGUGUGGUAUAGAGCCACCUUAUUAGCUUAGCAUGCAGCGCAAACAGGCACAAGCUGGUGUGUGAUGCAUUCGGGAGAGUCGAAGUACAAUACCG